AUGCUCAUGGAGGCCCUCCAAGCGCUGCUUCUCAGCCUGCUGGUGCUCACCGGUGGCCAGGGGCAGCAGGCAGCCCCCCCAGGCUGCCGUCUGUACCCCUUCAAUGUGACGGUGCGGAGUGACCGCCAAGGCACGUGCCAGGGCGCCCACACGGCCCAGGCCUGCGUGGGCCACUGCGAGUCCAGCGCCUUCCCGUCCCGGCACUCAGUGCUGGCGGCCAGCAGCUACCGGCACAACAUCACCUCCGUGUCGCGCUGCUGCACCAUCAGCGGCCUGAGGAAGGUGAAGGUGCAGCUGCAGUGUGGGGGGUCCCGGAAGGAGGAGCUCGAGAUCUUCACGGCCAGGGCCUGCCAAUGUGACAUGUGUCGCCUGUCCCGCUACUAGCCUGUCAC